UUGGAUCAAAAGUUUGCACACCCCUUAACAUGCAAUCAAAUUUGUGUGUUUGGAACUAGGAUUUUCCAGAGGUGUGAGUUUGUUGGGAUUAGCGUGACGACUUGAUAGUUUGAUUGCCGCUUUGAAUUCCUUUGUUGGUCAGAUGCCUCAUUUUUCACGGCGCUGCGAGAAAAUCCUGAUUAGUGCCGAGUUGUGUGUGUGCGUAGGUUCGAGAAAGAUUGCUGUGGCCGAGGAUAAGAGGAUUAGUGUGGAAUUAGUGUCAUUCCUCUAUCGCCGAGAGAAAUGGAUUCAUAUCGAUUUUAAUCAGAGAGAGAAAGAGAGAGAGAAUAAGCCGCAGAUGAAGCAGGCGGCCGGCCGGCCGGCGGGCAGACGGACGAGGACGGCGACGACGACCGACGUGAGCCCAGAAACCUUCUCGGAGAUGAAGGAUGCGGCGGGAAUAACAAGAAGAAGAAAAAGGAAAAGAGCAGCGAUUUUGCGGGAUGCUCGUGGAAGCCUCGGCGACCCUGCGCACCCUCCACAUGAGUGACGCCAGCGUCCACAGUUAGCGAGCCCGACCGGAGCGUGGAAGACGUGGCGGCUGAGGGAGGGGGAGGAAGAUGAAGGUGGUCGGGCUGACCUGGCUGACCUGUUUGACCUGUCUGACCGUGGCCCUCGCCAGCCUGGUCGCCAUGGUGACCGGCGGACGCAACUCCGGCCGCAGGAGGCACAAGGAGGUCUUCCUCGGGGAAAACAGCAAGUUCAAAUUUGGAGGACGUAUUGACUACAAAUUGAAGAGGCAGGACAGCACCAAAACUCUGCUGAUCAAAACUGAACAGCUGCUCAGGAUCGAGGAGCAUGACUUUGCCAUGAGACCUGGCUUUGGAGGAGCGGCCAUCCCCGUGGGCAUCGACGUGCAGGUGGAGAGCAUCGAUAGCAUCUCCGAAGUCAACAUGGACUUCACCAUGACCUUGUACCUGCGCCACUACUGGAAGGAUGAGCGUCUGGCCUUCCCGUCGCAAAACAACCGGAGCAGGACGUUCGACUCACGGCUGGUCAAGAAGAUCUGGGUGCCGGACGUCUUCUUUGCGCACUCCAAGCGGUCCUUCAUCCACGACACCACCAUGGAGAAUAUCAUGCUGCGCGUCUACCCCGACGGGAACAUCCUCUACAGCGUCAGGGUCACCGUCACGUCGCUGUGCUCAAUGGACUUUAGCAGCUUCCCGCUGGACACGCAGAACUGCUCGCUGGAACUGGAGAGCUAUGCGUACAACGAGAACGACCUGAUGCUCUACUGGAAAAACGGCAACGACUCCCUGGGGACCGACGAGAUCGUUUUGUCUCAGUUCUUCAUCGAGCACUUUCACCCCUCCAGCGGCUUGGCCUUCUACAGCAGCACAGGUUGGUACAACCGGCUGUUCAUCAACUUCAUCCUGCGGCGGCACAUCUUCUUCUUCAUGCUGCAGACGUACUUCCCCACCAUGCUGAUGGUGGUCCUGUCCUGGGUGUCCUUCUGGAUCGACCGCCGGGCCGUACCGGCCCGCGUCUCUCUGGGCAUGACCACCGUGCUCACCAUGUCCACCAUCAUCACAGGCGUGUCCUCUUCCAUGCCUCAGGUGUCGUACGUGAAGGCAGUAGACAUCUACCUGUGGACCAGCUUCCUGUUUGUCUUCCUGUCUGUGAUCGAGUACGCCGCCGUGAACUACUGCACCACGCUGGAGGAGAUGAGAAAGAUGAGACGGGGGAAGCUUCCAUCUACAUUCAACGGCAGCCAGGCCAUGGCCUUCGACGGCUGCUUCCACGACGAUGAGAUGGAGUUGACGCCGUUCCCCCGCCCGGCGCAGGGCCCGGUACCCGAGUCCCCGGCCGCCGCCUCGCCGCAGCUGGACCCGCGGCCCUCGGAGGGGACGCGUUUGCGUCGGCAGCGGUCGGUGCGGGAGAACGUGGACCUCCUGGUGAGCAACAGCUACAUGAUCGACUCGUACUCCCGCCUGGCCUUCCCGCUCUCCUACCUCCUCUUCAACACCAUCUACUGGAGCCUCUACUCCUGAGACGGGUGCGUGUCUUGUACGCGCUUGGGCCAGACCCAUUCAUCUGAUGGACGAUUUUAUCGGCUAAUUUUAGCCAUUUUCUAAAUAUUUACAAUCGGCCUGAGUUUUACUGCGUAAACGCAAUAUAUUCUGACUUUAUUAUGAAACAGAAUGAUUGUUUGAGGUCAUCGUUCCUUGGCAAUGAAAGUGAUGUUUUGCUUGGAUCUAUGGCCCAAGUCUAAAGCUAAAUUCAUCAGUUAAUGCUUUUUGACAUGUUUUGUACUUCAAAAAUUUCUCUCUUACUGAAGGGCAAAUUCUUGUAAAAUGGACAUACUGUAUGUUCUGACUAAUUCAUAUCUUUGUUGUAAAAAUUAAUGGAGAAAGGAUAAAUUUACAUUUUACAUAAGUUA